GAUCCCUUAAAUUCAGAUGAUGAUGUCAGUGAAGAAGAUCCCUCAGAGCUGUUUGAUACCGAAAAUGUGGUUGUGUGUCAGUAUGACAAGAUAAACAGAAACAAAAACAAGUGGAAGUUUCAUUUGAAAGAUGGCAUCAUGAACCUCAACGGACGAGACUAUGUUUUCCAGAAAGCAACCGGAGAUGCCGAGUGGUAA